UUUGCCAUAGAGACAGUGGUUGAUUAAUGCCCCGAUUAUAAUAAAACGUGUUUAAAAGUGUUAACAGUGGUAUUAAUUAAAUCUACGAAGAGAGUUGAAGAGCAGUAGUUAAAACUGAGUUGCAGGUCUGAGGGUAGGAAUCGGGCUUGGAACGUAUCUUACGUCAGGGUGGUACUAAUUUAGCCAAUGUUUAGCUAAGCUUCUGCUAGGAGAGGAUCAUGGCUAGUGCCGCCAACACAAAUAUGAAUGCAGUGCGGGAAACAAUGGAUGUCCUGCUGGAGAUUUCAAGACUUCUCAACACGGGGUUGGACAUGGAAUCUUUAUCCAUAUGUGUCCGUCUGUGUGAGCAGGGGAUCAACCCUGAGGCACUGUCAUCAGUUAUAAAGGAACUCCGUAGAGCCACUGACUCAUUAAAGGCCUCAGAAAACAGCACAAGUUAAGGCUAUCGAAGUUACAUAACCUCUCUGUCAAGCCCAUGAUCUCAUGGAAGUGAUGAUGACCCCAUUUCUCUCAGAGGCUGUUAAAUUGAACUGAAAUUUGAAUUCUGUACUUGCUCCUGUUUCAUAUGCAUCUGUGGUCUAAGAAUGCUGUGUUUGCAUUUACAUUUCGCACGACAGCCCCAUGUUCCCUGUUGAUUAUAUAUUUUUAUCAAUGUCAAAGUAUUAAAAAAAAAUACAUUUUGUCAGUUAAGUAUGAUGUUAAGUACAGUGAAGGUUUUGUCACAGGAGCCUAAUUUCAGACUAAGUCAAUGAUACAUUUUCACUUGGCUGAGCUGUGUAUUACAUCAUAAGCUUUCCGUUCCCUGUGCUAUGAAAUGGCAUGAAAAAAAACGUGUCAGUGUCUCUCAAUGCCUCAAAGAAUGAAACAUCACCUUUUCAUGUAAAAUGUGUCUUACCAUGGUUAAAAAUAAAUAUGUUAAUUAUUUCA